UAACUCCCUGAAGUGUAAUGUUUCCAUUGCUGAAAGCUAUGAUAUGAUUAAGAAUUGUUUAGAUAUCCUACCCUUGAGUUCAAUAACCUAUUAUGUUUUACUGUGCAAAAUGUUGUUGCCUAUGUAACAGCAUUUAUUCCAAAAAUCCCUCCAUAAGCUACAGAAAUCCAGCCGUAUUACAGAAGCGUAUCUUGUUUAUUUACAGAAUUAUUAGCUUUACUACAUUAAGCCGCCAUUCAGGUGUGCAGGGCGCUGAUAAUAGUAUUCGGGAUGAGAUGUGUGCAUGUUUGGGGUGUCCCAGCGCUGUUUUGCAUAUACAGCAGAGGUAGGGUGCAUGCUGGUAUAAACAGCAGGAUUUCGGGGUGUGUGCUCUACAUAUCAAUAAGGAGAUCUACGGCAUGAUGACCUCUGGAUGCAGCUCUGUAGCAGGUGGGUACUCUCAUAACCUUGCCAAUUCCGUUUCCCUCGCUGUUACAUUCAUGAUGUGUGCGACAACUGAUCGCAGGCGUCCCCACCUUGUUCAUGAAAAUUCUAUUUGCUUGGCCCCAGGCCCCAUUGGCGGGGAUCACAUGGCUGGUGCGGACCAUGACCAGCUACCAUCGUUUUGGCGAUCAGAUUGAUAUCGAUGCCGACUAUGCCGACAAUUACACCAAACGUGUCAUCGUUCUCCUUGAUCGUGAAACAACAUCCGGCGGCUCGAGUCGCGGCAACACCAAGGCGGUGAGCGACAUAUCCUCGCGAGAAGACAGCAGCAGCGCAACAUGUUUACAGCUGAGAACUGCCCUGGGAAGCUGGACUGACAAGGGACGAUUCAAAUCGCCAGAUAUUCUGCCCAACACCCCCACAAGCUCCCAGCAUCCGAACAAGAUGCCGCCCGAAGCCCACUCUCGGGGCCUGCGUGGCAGCAUGGUCAGCUGUGUGGAGCACCUGACAGUUCGGUUGUUUGGUCUCCUACUGGUGUUCACAGACAUCGCCAUUGUUGUGGCGGAUCUGGUGACCCCUGACAACAGGAAGAACCAGCUGGCAUCGCGUAUCUGUCAGGUCGCAUCCGUCUGCAUCGCAGGUUACUUCAUGAUGGACAUACUGUUACGAAUCUGUGGACGAGGGAAAGACUUCUUUUCAAGAGGCUACAAUGUUGUCGACCUGGCAGUGAUAGUUAUCACGUUCACUGUCAUUCUGGUCUACACACUGGUGGAUUUUGGCUUCCCCUAUGCCAAGUAUGCAAGACUUGUUGUGGUUGGAAGGCUGAUCAGAGUUCUGAUAGUUCUCCAUUUGCUGACAGAGAAGAAGCAAAUGGAUCGAUGCAGAAGAAAAUCCUCAAAAAAGAAGAAGCAGUGUUGUUGCAGACACACUUAUGACCUGGAUCUUACUUACAUUACAGAGCGUGUGAUCGCCAUGACGUUUCCUACCUGUGGCCAACAGCAUGAACACCUGUAUGAAGCAGCCAUAAAGGAGGUGGCACAUCUGCUGGAUGUCAAGCACAAGGACCACUACAAAGUGUACAACCUAUGCAGUGAGAGGACAUAUGAUGAGUCCCUGUUCUACCACAGAGUGGAGAAACUGUCUAUCGAUGACCAUAAUGUUCCCAGUCUCAGGGAGAUGCUGCAGUUUUGCGCUGGCGUCCGGGAAUGGAUGAUGAUGGACGAAAGGAACAUCAUUGUUGUCCACUGCCGGGGCGGAAAAGAACGGAUCAUUUCAGCUUCCACAGGAAGGACAGGAAUGAUGAUUGCCUCCUGGCUGGUGGACUGUGGACUUUUCUCACAAGCAAGAGCCAGCUUACAGUAUUUUGGGAACCAUCGACGUGCGGAUGGAUCCAUCAACGUCGGCACCAACUACCAAGGAGUGGACACACCCAGCCAGGGCCGGUAUGUUCUGUACUAUGAGAUAGUGAAAACAGAACUUGAUGGGACACAGCCAGAACCCAAACCUCUCAAGCUGAAGACUGUCAGAAUCAUGUCCAUUGCAGGAGUUGGGAACGGUAGCGGCAGUGACUUGAGGUUUGAGGUGUUUGUCUACAGACAGAAAGCCCUGGAGUGUGACCUUGGCAACAAGGUCAACUGUAUGGUUGGCCUCCACCAAAGAGAGAACUGUGUUGUUGUGGAGGUUCUGAACUCCCCCGUCCUGUGUGAUGAUGUCAAGAUCAAGUUCUUUUCCUCAUCACUUGAUGUUCCCAAAGGCUACGAUGACUGUGCGUUCUACUUUUGGUUCCACACAUCGUUUGUAGAAGACUGCAGGUUGUACCUACCACGACACCAGCUGGACAACCCCCAUAAACCAAAGACCUGGAAGGUGUUCGGUGAGAACUUUGGUGUGGAACUCAUCUUCACGGACGUCCCCAACUCCAUGAUUCCCAACGGAUACGGCUGAUCAACCAAGAGCAGACUGGGUCCCAAAGCUCUACAGUCCCCAUCUAUGUCAGCAUAUCAACCGAUGGCUCAGUCACGGGGCUGUCUCCAGCAGUGAACCGAAAGCAAAACAUGUUUCAUAUGCAUUUUUUUAUUAAUCCUUUUGGGUAAUCCCUAUAGUUUUAAGAAACUGAUUUGCCGCUCACAGUGCUCUUUCCUUAUAUUCCCAUCA